CUGGGACAAGACGGAAUUGUCGCUGUUCCUCUGGGUUUAGUCCAUUGCAGUCUUCUUAGAGCUGCCGCAUGGACGCCUAAGAACGGCGGUACGCGCUGAGAACAUUCGCUGGGCCAGGGGAGCUAUCAGCAAGCCCUUCAGAGCGAUAGUGCACCAACAGCUGCCAGCGCGGGAGCAGCCACGCCGCCCUCAAACCAGAGCCGCCAAAGCUCCACAAUGCGCGCCAUCACGCUGCUGGCCUGCGCGGCGGCGCUCGUGCCGCAGAACAAGCCGCCCAUCGCGCCCCUCGCCGUCCCCAAGACGACGCCCGCGCGCCUCCCGGCGUACGAGCCGCCCAAUCUCGCGCCCCAGACCGAAGUCUGCGCCGAGCACGGCGAGCCGGUAGCGACCAAGACCGUGCUGAAGGGCACCAAUGCAGGGCGAGAGUACUACUGCUGCAGCAACGCCAUUCCCUGCGGCCACUUCCGGUGGGUGCCUGCUAAAGUGCCCCUCCCGACGGGUCGACUCGCCGGCGACGCCAACCAGAUGAAUCGAGUGACGGAACAACGCAAAGUUACGUCAAAGCGACCGGCGGACGUCGCCGAGGAGUGGUUGAACGGGACGCUCACGCGAGUGGUAUAUAGGGGAGACACGGGCUUUACGAUCGCUCGCGUCUUGCCGGACGGCGAGAAGUCUUCUUUUGAAGAAGAAGGCUAUGCCAAUCCAGCACGGCCUACGAAGAGGAAGGCCCAAAAGACACUUGGGGUGCGGGCGGACGCGUGUUUAGUUUCUUCGCGUGUGGGAGACCACGUCCGACUAAAAGGAUGGUGGUCCACCCACCCGCGCUUCGGCAAGCAGUUCAACGCUGAUGAACUAGAAGAAGAGCAAAGGGAAGUGCUGCCUCGGAGUCGAGCCGCUUCGUUUGGCGCGUGGCUGGCUUCUGGUGCGGUGCCCGGCGUUGGUGUUAAAACAGCUCAAAAGGUGGUGGACGCUCUCGGUGAUGACGCCGAGGCGUUGUUGUCGAGAUAUGGUGAUUCCCAGGGCACGGAUAAGGAAGCCGAAGCGGCUUUGGCUGAUGCUCUCGGCUGGGACGCGACGCCUACCAUAAUAGGAAGGGCGGCCACCAAAAGACUGGCUACUGGAGUGGCCCGCGACGCCGCGUCUCGCGGUGCUAUCUUAGCGUGCUUGGAGCUAGGACUGCCGGUCGACGCGGCCGCCGCGUUAGAACGGCAGCACGGGCCCCAAGCUGCCGGUACUUUUAUGAAGGACCCCUACCACGCGCUGACGCAGUGCAAGGGCUGGGGCUUCCUAAGGACCGACGCCGCCGUCUGCCCGGGCCACCGGCCGCCUGAUGACGCUUCCCGAUUAAAACACGGCGUCGCGCACGCCCUCGCGGAGAACGCCGCGCGGGGCGGCCACUGCUGCCUGACCGCUUCGGAGUUGCUCGAGGUCUUGGAGAAGCCGAGUGGCCCCUUGCACGUGCCUGGUAGCUUUACGCCCUCGAAGGCGCACGCCCUGUCGGCGAUCGACGGCUGCCUGUCGUCGGGAUCGAUCCGAGGGCUGCGAACGGGCGACGGCGAUUUAGAUGAUUUGCUGCUGUUUGCGCCGUGGCUGGAUGCGGCGGAACGGAGCAUUUCAAAUGCUGUUGAGAUGAGGAUCCCGCCCGAAGGCGCGAGAGAGGCCGAGGCGAAGGCUGCUAAUGAUGAUCAAUUACCAGGCGAGCACCGCUUGUCGGAUGAACAGCGGACGAUUGUGGCGUUGGCAGCAAAGCAGCCUCUCUCCAUACUGGCGGGCGGGCCGGGCACGGGAAAAACUUUCGCGGCGAGAUUUGUGGUCGAGAGGUGGCGCGCGGAGGGCGUCGAAGAUGUCGCGUUGGCGGCGCCCACCGCAAGGGGCGCCGCGGCUCUCGGCGCCGCCAUCGGCGCCAAGGCCUCGACGUUGCACCGGUUGCUCGAGUGGCAGCCGAGGGAAGGCGAGUUUGCGAGGAAUGCGAGAAAUCCCCUGGACUGCGACGCGAUCAUCGUCGACGAAUUAAGCAUGUUGGAGGCGCCGCUGGCUGCGAAGCUGUUCGCGGCCUUGCCACCUCAUUGCAAAGUACUAUUAGUGGGUGAUCCUGACCAGUUACCACCAGUUGGGCCUGGUGCGGUGUUGAGAGAUCUACUCGCAUGCCGGGACGCCGUGCCUCGCAUCACACUCACUCGUAUUUUCAGGACGGGCACGUUACUAGAACCUUCCGAUGAGGACCCGGCGCAGAACGACGCCUCGGACGUUGCUAGAGAUGCCAAAGCGAUAAACCAGGGCAUCCCUCCGAAAUUAUCUCGUUCUACAUUGCGACGGGACGGCUCCAUCCCCGACGGCGUUGUUUUAUUAGAGGAGGAUCCCAGUGACGGCGCCAAGGUCCGCGACAAAAUAGUGGAGGUUGUCAGUGACCUGUUCGAAUUUUACGACCCCUGGAGUGAUGUGCAAGUCCUGGCGCCCAUGAAACGGGGCGCCACGGGGACGCGGGCCCUGAACGCCGCUUUACAGGACCUGCUGAAUCCAUCAGCAGAGAAAGUAGAGGACCCCGAAGAGCGGAAAGUGUUUGCGAGGACCGGCGAUCGAGUGAUGCAACUGAGCAAUGAUUAUGAGGUCGGCGUCUUCAACGGCGACGUUGGACUUGUUGAUGAUGUCAUGCGCAACGGCAGUUUCGUCGGGAGGUUUGUUACUGGAGUAGAUAAACAGACGAGGGUGAUGUACAGUUCGAAGGAUGUGGGAGAUACGGUAUCCUUAGCCUAUGCGUUGACCGUGCACAAGGCCCAGGGCGCCGAGUACCCUGUGGUCGUGUUGCCUUUGGUCAAAGAUCACUUUCCUAUGUUAAGAAGGGCCUUGCUGUAUACGGCCGUGUCUCGCGCCAAAAGACUGUUAGUAUUGGUGGGUUCGUCCGAGUUGCUGGCCGAGGCCGUGCGGCGGCCUCUCGCACAAAAGCGGCGGACGGCCAUCUCGUCUCGGAUCAUCUCUGAGGAAAGGGCCGACGGCGUCUCCGCUUUGCCGGCGCACGUCCAGCAGGACUACGCCGCGGCCUUAUUGCCCGCGCCGGCAUCGGCGCCGGCCAACGCCACCUCCGUAGUGUCUCGCUGAUACACUGCUCUCCUGGUGGCACUCCUUAACACUUACCUAUCUG